AUGGUGCUCACGACCGCUCCCGUCAAGGUCAAGAUCACCAAGGACGAUGGGACUUCCGAGCUACGUCGGCUGGCGUUCGGCUACGACGAUAGCUUCCAGCAGGCGUCUUACGGAGGUCUCUUCGACGAGCAGAGGCAGGGCUACCACCUCUCCCUGUGCAAGUUCCUGCUGCGUUCGCUUGGCGGACUCUACCCCGACCUGCCCUUGGGGAAGUUCUCCGAGCUUGCCGUCUUCACCGUGAAGGACGAGGAUGACGAUAUGGUCCGCUUCGACUCCGAGGAAGAGUUCGUGUCGGCCAUGAGCUACAAGUCGUGGGAGGGCUGCCUCCGCGUGGAGGUGACCGCCCUCAAGCCUUCCCCCAGCCCCGCUCCCGCUCCCGUCGCAGACGCCACCGCCGCCGCCAGCAGCGAAGAGCCGGCCGCGAGCGCCAGCAACGACCCCACGCCGAUGUCGGAAAUCGCCAGCGUGAUGUCCUUCGUCAGCAACAUGUCUGGCUCGUCUAGCGCGUCGGCCGCAAGCUUGUCGUCGUCUUCGAGCUCGGCUUCUUCUUCGAGCUCGGCUUCUUCUUCGAGCUCGGCUUCUGUGGGGUCAGAGGAUGCGCCGCCGGCUGCGCGCUCGCUGGCCGCCCCCGUCCCCGCCCCGGCUCCUCCGGUGGACACGGCAGCUGCUGUCGAGGCCCACGGCGAUGAUGAAGAGGCCAUGAUGGCUGCGGCGGUGGCGGCGUCGAUUGCCGAGAUCACGGGGGAUUCGUCUGCCUCCACGGACGCUUCGUUCCCCGCCCCGGGGUCGGGCUCCUCGGCCCAGGAGGGUGGAGCCACCGCCGCCGGCAAGCCCUCCCGCAACAGCGGGGACACCGGCGGCAACAAGUCUUCCGCCAAGCCCAUGGCCAGGUUCGUGACGGAUGUGUCCGUGGCAGACGGGAGCCCUCUUCCCCCCAACACCCGCUUCGUGAAGACGUGGUGCAUGCGUAACGAUGGUCCGGUCACGUUCCCCUCGGGCUGCAAGAUCGUGCCCGUGGGGGGCGAUCUCAUGGCCGGGCCGGAGGACGGUGUGGCCGUCGAACAGCGCGGCCCCGGCGAGGAAUUCCAUGUGAGCGUGCCGCUUACGACGCCUCCCCUGAGCGGUCGCUACAUCGGGUACUGGCGCCUGCGCACGGCCGAGGGCCAGAAGUUCGGACACCGUGUGUGGGCCGACGUCCUCGUGACCGGCGGGACCGCUGACCUCGUUGACGAGGGGACCGUGGACGGUGACUGGGACCUCGUGAACAUGCAACGGUUGUCCAAGGCCGUCGAGGACACCGGAAAGGACGACGCCGCCGCCGCCGCCGCCGCCGUCGAACCCACCGCCCCCGAAAACAUCCCCUCCACAGUGCAAACCCCUUCGUACGCCCCUGGUCAGGCCUGGGACCCCGCAUCAGCCAAGGCCCAGGAUGCCGAUUCCGGUGCCGACAGGGGUUUCGAGGAGAGCAAGUCUUCGGAUGACGCCGCGGCGGGAGGGGAUGAUGGGGGCUCCGUGGCUGAUCCCUUGCCCGAGCAGCAGGCGGCGCCGGUUGUCGUGGCUCCCUCCGCGCCCUCCGUGCCCCCGACAAUGGCCACCAAGUGGCACCGCGAGCUUUGCUCCCUCGCCGAGAUGGGCUUCGAGAACACCCAGCGCAACGUGCAGCUGCUGGAGAAGCACGUGGUCAACAGCGGCAGCCCUGGCAUGGAGAGGGUGCUUCACGAGCUUCUCUCCUGGCGCGAGGUCUCCAUCCAGUAGACCAUCUCCCACUGCUGCUACGGUGAAGCCUGUUGGUGCCCCCAGCAUCUGCAUACGACGGCCGACGGAAGGCCGUUCGUCCUACAAGAGGGACGACCAACAUGAAAAAAUAUAUAAUACAUAACAUGAGAAAGCGAAUAUGCGGCAACAUCAGCACGACGGCGUGGACGGCAUCCGAAUGAUAGCCUCCCGCCCGUCUGGACCUACACAACGUACCGUAGCAUAUGCGAACGAUGAUGAAGCUUUUUGCGGGGAGGGCGGGGAGGGGGGGAGGUAAAUAAAUGAUGCGGGCGAUGGUCACGUUGGCUGAUGUCAUGUCAUUGGUAAAGAGACUGUUUCGUGUGCAUACCGUGCAACCAAAACUCUUUUAUAGCGCUGAUGCUGGCCGAAAGAGCUCCAAACAUGGCUGAUCGGUUCGUACAGGGAGGGGAGGGGGGGCACCAUUGGCA